CAUUCAGUCGUGACCAGAUUAACAAAACAAUUGAACAAAUAAGAUUUCUGAUCCUUAGCGAACAAGCUGAAGGACUCACACACACAAAUACUGAGAUUGCAUCCAGAUGUGGCGUAUGUUGUUAAUUCCACAGUGCAAAUGUACUCCACGGUGUCCCCCUGUCUCAGACUUGUCAGGCCUGAACUGAAAGUGUGACUUCCUUCGUGUAAUUCGUUCUAGGUCUUGGAGCCCGUUGGCCAAGUCUAGAAAGCCCAUUACGACCGUGCUGAAAGUUGCUCUCGACUUUCCAAAAGUGAACUUUUAUGCUAAUAAACCUUAAGUGCAUGCAACAAAGAAAGACGACUUAGCAGACUUGCUCUUACUGAAAAAGUGCUGAAGAAUUAAACCAGAAUAUUAAGCUCCAUGGCCUUCAUGCGGUCAGCUAUUGGAGACGAAAUGAGCCGAGGACAAAUUUAAACCUGUCAUUCCCAGGGAGUUAAUUAUUUGAUAGCCUUGGAGCCAGAUUCGGCUAUUAAAUGGACGUCAUGGCAUCGGUGGAGGAUAUUCAACCGUUUCAACAUUUAUGCAAUCUCUUGAAAUCCAUCGAAAAAGACUCCGGUGGAGGCGAAACAGUUAACAUGGAGCAGUUUACCGAAGGAUCUCACGACGCCUCCAAGCUCGUGGUGGGUCUCUCCAAAUUGAUUCAGCUCCGCCAAGAGGCCCUGAAGCUGAAGAAAGACAACCAAGGCGACAUAUCAUUGGGUCAGGAUUGUGAGGUGAAGGGUGGUGACAAGACAGAUCAGAAGUCCGAGAGUGACACAAAGGAGGACAUGUCCAAGUACCUGGACCGAGACUACUCGUGCUUCUUUUGUCGGACUAAGUGCUACACGAAGGAGAAAUUCUUUUCCCACUUUCGAUCGCACUUCAGUUCUCCCGAGAAGCUGACCGCGUCCAAAUCCAGCCCUCAGGUCUCGGACCCGGAGGACUCCGAUCCCAGCUCAGUGACCGGUCAUCACCAUCAUUCUCAACAACAGCACCCCCCUACCCUCCUCCAUCAGCACAAUCAUCAUCGGUCCGUGUUGAAACGGAGGAGAAAGAUUCGCCGCAAAGGGAUCCGAUGCACGAGUGAUGAUAUUGACAGUGGGUGCCAUUCCGUCGAAUCCUCCUCAUCUUACAGUUCUGACAUGGCAGAAAGUGAUUGUUUUCUGGGGGAUAGUGAAUCCAGUGAUAGUGAUGAGAAUGACGAGAACCGUUUAGAGCGAAAGCGGCGAAGGAUGAUGAUGAUGAUGGGCCUGGAGGCAAAAUCCACAUCGUUGUCGUCGUCGUCGUCGACGUCUUCGUCUUCGUCUUCGUCAUCGGCGUCGUCCUCGUCGUCCCUGUGUUCUCCGUCUCCUUCCCUGCCUCCGUCAUCUUCCUCUCCUCUUCUCCAGCCGCACCAUCAUCACCAUCACCACCAUCACUUGAUGUCUACCAACAAGAAGACUCUCUUCCAGCGGAGAUCCUCCUCCUCGUCAAUAUCAUCAUCCCACGUGUCCAAGCACGACCGACUCUCCUUGGCUGAGAAACAAUUAGACAAUAAUGAGACCGAAGGCCUGAUCUGUUUGACGUGCUUGAAGCGUUUUUCUAAUUGCCAGAAUCUUCGGAGACAUUUGAGGCUGCAUAUUGCGAGGGACUCCAUCACCCCCGACAUUGAUAGGGGGAUCCCAGAGGAUGAAGAUAAUCUGGAGGGCAAAUACAUUUGCGAUUGGUGUCCGGCCAAGUUUGACAACCGGUCCGCCGCACGGAUCCACGAGACCUCGCACAAAGGGGAUGACUUCAAGUGCUACGUAUGUGAGAAACUGUAUGCCGACCGAUAUUCCCUCCGCUACCACCUCCGAACCCAUGGGAUAGGACGUCAAAUCCGCUGUGAAUAUUGCAAUAAGAGCUUUAGCAAACCCAGCCGGCUGGAAGCUCAUGUCAAGUCUCAUCACAAUAACAUCAGAGACUUCAAAUGUAGUGAGUGUGAUAAGGCGUUCAAGACAGCCAUCCAUUUGAAAAAUCACUUCCGUCAACAUUCCGGCGAGCGACCGUUUGUUUGCUCUGUCUGUCAUAUGAGCUUCCGGCACAAAGCCUCCCUCCUCACACACAUGAGAAGCCACGAUGGGGCACGGCCCUUUUGCUGCGAGAUCUGCGGAAAGACCUUCCGAGAGCCCUCAACCUUGAAGGCUCACCGAAGGGUUCACACGGGGGAUAAGCCCUACAAGUGCAAUCUCUGUGAUAAGACCUUCACCCAAAGGGCUGGCCUCAAUUACCACAAGCAAAUGCACGCGGGCGUGAAGCCUUUCAAGUGCCAAGUAUGCGGCUAUACCACCGCCAAAGGCACGUCUUUGGCUAAUCACUACCGCAACAUUCACCAACUACAAGACCAUCCUCCCAUCGUGAAGGACCCCAAUGCGAUGAUGGUAGUCCCCGAGCAUCCACAAACUACCAAAGACAUUCCUAGCGAGUCAAGUGGCAUGAGCUGUUCCAUUGCCUUUGCAAGUGACAAGCGUAGCCAAAGGCUUGAAAUAGAUGGCACUGAGCCCUCGUUGUCCUCACUUCAGCACCAACCCCAAUUGGAUGGGACUGGAACGUCGAGUCUUCACUCCGCUGACUCCACCACCACCAACACGACCAGCACCACCACCAAUGCCGCCAGUGUCCAGCAGCACUUGGCAGAUGAGAACUCUAAAUCACAACAACAGCUCUCAGCCACGCCACUGCCAUCACCUCCCGUGCAAUCCGGGGACGCAAUCUUCCGUGAAAAAAUGGAGGUGACAGUUCCAGGCACCGUGGAAUCCACGACUCCUUCUAUGGGGAACAACAUGACCCCUAGCCAAACCACUGUCCUGCCCUCGUUUGACCAUUUGAGACAAGGCUCUCCAGCUCACAUUCGAUACAAUAUGCCUUCCCCGGGUGCCAGCUCCAUAUGCAGCGUUGGAAGUAGCACGCUCGAUGCGUCUUCUUCGUCGUCUUGCUUCAUUAAUGGCGGCGGGGCUUACCAACAGUCGGGUGAAACACCCCCUCUCACACCUCCAUCCAAUGUCAAUCAUGAACAAGACACCACCGACUCAAUGGAUGACCUCUUGCCUUCAAUCGGGGACACAGACUUUUUGCCUACAUUAAAUAUCUCAGAACUGACCAACCAUUUGGCUUUCACCGAGAACCAUCAGCCGUUGGCAAGCCAACCACAUCACACUCAUCACAGUUCAAAUGGCUACACACAGGGGGGAUACACCAAUUCCGAAGAGUUAUGGCAACCCCGAACCCAUCAGUCUCAUUUGUACCACCAAACACAACAGCAAUACAAUCAGUUGUAUUUUAAUCAAAUACACCAACAACAACAGCACCACCACCACCAACCACAACAACAACAACAUAUCCACCAACAACAACACCACCACCAAGCACACCAUCAUCAUCAUCAUCAACAACAACAACAACAACAUCAGAAUUACAACUACUCCAAUUUCAAUUGCUGCUCCUACUAUGGAACCAGUUCCAACGCCGAAAGCCAUCAUUUUGCCACCAAUGCUAAUGGUACCACAACAAGUGAUUUGAGCCAGAUGACGGCCUCCAAUUCCCCUUCAACCUCGCAACCAUUCUCCUCACAAACCGCAGCAGUCGGGGCAGGAGGCGGCACCAUGUCAAAUGGCAAUUCCAACCCGGGUGGCGUAGCCUCCAAUGGGAACAACGCCAAUUAUGCAGAGAAUUCCGGCUCCGGGGUCUAUCCCAUGCAUGCUGCCCAAGGAGGGAUGUCUCUGGUGAUGGCCAUCAGCAACGGUCCAACGUCUGCGGAUCAGGGCCAAUCCACCACGGGGUAUUGCAUUUAAAUCCCUUUACGAGGACCCAUCAGAGGAAAAAAAGAGAAGCCCAUCUGAAGCUACGAGAUCAUCUAUUUGUUUUUUUGGAAGCCCUCACAAAAGCCAGGAUGGUGAGGAAGCAUGAUGCAUGCACCCGGAGCCAUAACCAUAAGUCAUCAAUCUUAAAUCUCAGCAGAGAGAAAGAAGAGAGAGAGAGGAGAGAGGAGAGAGUCAAGCUUGGACCUUCACGUUCACAAAUAGCAUAGCGGAGAGGAGAAAAAGAUGAAACUCAAAAAAUACUAUCGAGUCACCAACCAACGGCGAGCCACAAACCCAUCGAUGAAGUAGCAUUUAUGGUUGGAUCAUUGGACAACAACGCAGUGGCUUUAGGCACCUCCGAAGAUGAAUCCAUCUGCCUAAUGGUGGCUGGAAAGAAGACAGAGCUCUACGUAUACCAAGCGAGCUUCGGCACCCAUCUCCACCCCCAGAGCAAAGGGGAAAGCUGAACGGAACAGACCUUUAGUUCAGGUUUUUGAGGCGCUCACUUCCAUGCUAUUCUUCUUCCUCAGCGUGUGUCGCCAUGGGUGGGCAUUUGAGCCCAAAUGGCCGGACUUCGCGCUAAAUUAGUCAUACCCGAAUAAAGCCAUAACUACUGGACACGUUCAGGUUCACUUGAGGCGGAAGACGAGCAGAACCGAGCAGGACCCAUAGCCUCCCGAUGUGGAUGAGUAGUACAUAGACUGGGCAGGGUGAGCAAAUUAACCAUCCAAACAACAGCUCCGGAGCCAGGGACACCAAACUCACUCAUUCCAUCCUCCAAGGGAAAGCACGAAUCACGGAAAUGCAAAUUCACGGGAGUCCCCGCGGAAGAAUCGGAAGAAUCGGAGCUACUGUAUCAAGUUUGUUUAUGCCAGCAAGGGUGACAAAGAAAUGAGAGGAAAUGUGUUCUAAUGCCCGAACAACAACAACUCAUUCAACGCCGAGGUGAGGAGCAAUAGGACCACACAUUGUUGUACGUGUGCCGGUGCCGGCUCAAUAGCAAACCCCUGGUCGGCGGGGUUUGGUUUAUCGGAUAAGCUGUCGGAUGAGUAUCAUGAUGAUGCCAGUCUCAUGGACAUGAGCUGAGAGCUAGCAGACACACACACACACAUACACACACAUACACACAAACUGCAGAGCGUGCCAAAGGGUAUUCAAUCAGUCAGUUGUGAUGACAAACAAGUCGAUCCCACUAGUCUUCAUCCUCGUCAUCACCAUCAUCAUCAUCAUGACGAGAACGAUGGAAGAUCCCUCAACCCUCCCAAAGAACGACGGGCUAUUCGUUCGAUCCAGCCUGGUUAUCGUCACAUGGAACUGAAAGGAUAAUGUGUAAAAAAGAACGAGCUACGCCCUCGACCGUUCUUAUACUCUGAGUUGAUAUGAAACAGCCAUGUGCGAAUAAAUGUGAUGGAAUCAACUUGACAAUGUGGC